AUGAUUCUCUCAACCUCUACUUUAACUCGAGUCCACGAAUCUCGCCACUCCAACUCGAGUUGGAAGCACGGCCAUGGCAGCACUACCCAUCUCUUCACCACCUCUGUUUCAUCAACAACUCCCAACGAGAAAACUGAAACCAAUAACCACAUCUCAAUUAAUCCGCACUCAAAAGAACGCAACUCGUGGGACAACUACAGACUCCUCAUCUCCGCCAUCGCUCCUCGUCCCAUAGCCCUCAUCAGUACUGUUUCAGCCGAUGGCAAGUCGGUAAAUCUGGCGCCGUAUAGCUACUUCAAUGUCAUUGCACACGAUCCGCCAACUUUUGUUGUGGGAUUUGGGAACCCGCCAACAGGAGCAAAGGACUCUUUCAUCAACGUGCGUGAUACAAGGCAGUGUGUUAUCAAUGUCGUGUCCGAGGACUUCCUCGAAGCUGCCAACGCCGCCAGCAUAGAUGCUCCAUACGGAAUGUCCGAGUGGAGCAUGACCGGUCUCACAGCAGACUAUUGCUGCGAGACGGUAAGGGCCCCAAGAGUUAAGGAAUCCAUAUUUAGCAUAGAAGCCAGAGUAGAAUCUGUAAAGGAGAUUCAAAGCAAAGAACAUCCGGGGAGGAUAUCGUCGUGGCUAGUAAUCCUCGAAGGAACUAGAUUCUGGGCAAGAGACGAUGCAUUGAACGAAGAGCAAGAUUACAUCUGCCCCGAGAUCUUAAAACCGGUUGCCAGUAUGGGAGGCGCUCUCUACUCAAAAACGACUGACCGCGUGGAAAUACAAAGGCCACAAUAUAAGAAUUACACUGAACGGAAAGUGGGGAACGUUGAUCAUCUAAUUGGAAGGAUUUAA